ACGAUGCCGUCUGGGUUAUUUCUGUUCUCUGGAUUAGAGCUAGUGGACCAGAGACGACAAGACAAGACAAGACAAGACUCUCUCUGUGUCUGGUCAGAAAUUCUUCAACUUCCACUAUCGAUUUCUGGAUGUUUUCACUCUGAUUGAAAGGUGAUGGAGAGAUUAUAGAUUGUUGUGUUAAACCACCCUAAAUUGCAUCCCGCUCAAAGGUUGUGUGACAAUACUCUAUAUAGGCCAAGGUGUUUUUAUCGGUGGUUUUAAAGAUGGGGAACAAAGCUACAACAAUUGUGAAAGAAGAACGCGAAGAGAUCCACUUGAAGGUUGUACCUCCAGUAGACAGGGCUUUUGUGCGUUGGCUUGCAAGAGAUCUACAGAGAGUUCAGAGAUUCAAACCGAAGAACAUUCGUGCCAUCACUCCUCCGGAUAGCUACAUCGAGUUCAUGCGGUUGAAUGGAUCGCUUGAUGUGGAUUUGGAUGAUCCUGAUCUUGCCCAUUUGUUCAAGUAAAACAAAAAUGGUGGCUGUGUUUCUUUUUUUUUAAUAGCUCAAGCUUUUUCAAAGUCUUAGCGUCUCUUUUGAUUAACUUUUCAGUUGAGCGUGUGUGUUUAAAUGGGAUACAAGUGUCUGCAUUCAGAUAAACAAAUGUUUCCUAUUUUGUCUUGGUUGUUCAAAGUCCACACAGCAUGUUAUUUUAAUCUCUUAACAUUGCCAAAAGUUGUAUGA